AUGGCCUCACAGAACUGUGAGGACCAUCCUCAUACUAAUAACACCCAGACAUCUGAAGCAAACGAUAUAUCUAAUGAAAAGAUAGAUACUAAUCCCGAAUUUGUAAAGGAGUUUGAAGCUCUAGAACGCAUAAAAGAGAGGGAAGCCAGAUCUAGGGCUGUGACACUUGAAAUCCUUGGCGAUCUUCCUAAUGCAGAUGCAAAACCACCAAAUAACGUCCUCUUUGUCUGUAAAUUGAACUCUGUCACUGAGGCUGAAGAUUUGAAAAUAAUCUUUAGCAGAUUCGGCACCAUUCUCUCGUGCAACGUAGUAAAAGAUUAUAAAACCGGUGAAUCACUACAAUACGCAUUCAUAGAAUUUGAGAAGGAAGAAUCCUGCACUGAUGCUUACUUUAAAAUGGAAAAUGUUUUAAUUGAUGACCGGAGAAUUCACGUGGACUUUUGCCAAUCCAUACCCACACUGUGGAAGAAAUACAAGGCUGGUAACAUUACCAAGGGGGAUUACAAAGAGUUGACUCACAGCACAAUUGGCGGUGAACGCGUUAUCGGAAAAUCCUCGCAUUCCCUGAGCUACCCUGAAGAACGAGAACACUCCCCUGGUCUCCACAAUAAAGGAGGCGAGGGUGAGGACAGGGAUAGGUAUAGGGACAGGGAUAGGGACAGGGACAGGGAUAGGGACAGGGACAGGGAUAGGGACAGGGACAGGGACAGGGAUAGGUAUAGGGACAGGGAUAGGGACAGGGACAGGGAUAGGUAUAGGGAUAGGGACAGGGAUAGGGACAGGUAUAGGUAUAGGGACUACCGCAGUAAAAUACAUACGCAUAAAAUCUCUUAA